UGUUGGACGCACCAAUCAGAGCGUCGCGUUGAGCUGUUGCGCAGUCGGUCGCGUGCUGUGCGCCUGGAGGAUGCGCGCUUGUUUGGGAUGCUCGCAUAGUUCAGGACAGAAACAGACACACCACGAAAACGAAUGGCGCUAUUCACCUGAGCACUGGAGCAACAUCCUCUACUGACCCCCGGUCAUGUCUGUCCAUUCUGAGCUCUGCCAUAGAUGUUAAGCUUCCUACACAGGCACACUCUUGACUUCCAGUUCGUCUCUUUCAAAGUGGGAUGAUAAUGAAACGCUGCAGGUCCUGAGCUGAAGCUCUGUAGCUGCUGCUGAAGUCUUGCCAUCGCUUUGGCUCUCACUCAGAGCUCUACCUGAAUCUUGCCUCUUGAGGUUACCUGAGUCCACCCACCUCAAAAUACCACCCCAUGAGGCACUAAGGAGAGCCAUUCUGGGCGUCAUAUCUGGUCAUGGCUCCUCUUCUACUCUUCCACCUUCUCCUCCUUCUCCUUCACUCUUCACAGGUAUGUGCAGGUGAAGGUACUCAUAGGAACAGCAACAGUAGUGCAGAUGGCCCCAAAAGAUCCUGUUCUGAGAAAGUCAAAUGUCAACCAGGGAUUUUACUUCCUGUGUGGCUGCCACAUGACCCCUCACUGGCAAUGCAGGCACUAAGAGCAGUGAUCUACUUUGCAUUUCUUCUCUACAUGUUCCUGGGUGUGUCCAUCAUUGCUGAUCGCUUCAUGGCUGCCAUCGAGGUCAUCACCUCACAGGAGAAGGAAGUGACUGUGACAGGUGCAAAUGGAGAAAAGACAGUAAUGAAAGUAAGAAUCUGGAAUGAAACUAUCUCCAACCUCACUCUGAUGGCUCUGGGUUCAUCAGCCCCUGAGAUCCUGCUGUCAAUAAUAGAGGUGUGUGGACAUGGUUUUGAGUCAGGAGAACUGGGUCCUGGCACCAUAGUCGGCAGUGCUGCAUUUAACAUGUUUGUGAUAAUCGGAGUGUGUGUGUGGGUGAUACCUGAUGGAGAGGUGAGGAAGAUUAAACAUCUCCGAGUCUUCUUUAUUACUGCAUUCUGGAGCAUCUUCGCCUAUAUCUGGCUCUACCUCAUCAUUGCAGUUAUAAGCCCUGGCAUCGUACAGGUCUGGGAGGCUCUGGUCACUCUUUUCUUCUUUCCUGUGUGUGUGGUAAUGGCUUGGAUCGCUGACCGGCGCCUGCUCUUUUACAAGUACUUGCACAAGCGUUACCGUGCCAAUAAACGUCAUGGUAUCAUUGUGGAGAUGGAGGGUGACCUAGCACCCAGAGGCAUUGAUGCCAUCAUGGGAGAAAGAUAUCAAAACAGCACCACUAGUGUCAAUAUGGAGAAAACCAAAGAACCCGAACAGGACAGAGAGGAGGUGAUCCGCAUGCUUAAGGAACUGAGAGAGAAGCAUCCAGAUAAAGACCUGGAUCAGCUGAUUGAGAUGGCAAACUACACCACCAUGCAGAAACAGCAUAAGAGCCGGGCCUUUUACCGGGUGCAGGCAACACGCAUAAUGAUCGGUGCUGGCAACGUACUAAAGAAACAUGCAGCAGCUGAACAGGCAAAACGAGCAGCUGGAGAUUCAGCUGAGAAUGACCUGGCCACCUGUUCUCACAUCGCUUUUGAGCAGGCACAGUAUCAGUGCAGUGAGAACUGUGAGAGCAUCAGUCUAUGGGUCUGCUUACAGGGGGGAACCGGCACCAGAACCUUCCACGUCGAUUACAGGACAGAGAAUGGGUCAGCCAGUUCUGGGGCAGAUUACGAGUAUUGUGAGGGAACGAUCGUAUUUCAGCCUGGAGAGACACGGAAAGAAAUAAAGGUGGGCAUUAUCAAUGAUGAUGUGUUUGAGGAAGAUGAACACUUCUUUGUGCGUCUCUCAAACCUGCGAGAGUGUGAGGGCGGGACCAACACUGAUGGUGCCCGACUGGUUGAACCCUUCGUAACCACCGUAACUAUUUUGGAUGAUGACCAUGCAGGAGUCUUCGCGUUUAGUCAGCAGGAGCUCUGCGUGGGUGAAAGUUCAGGUGUGGUAGAGGUGCCUGUGAACCGGACAUCAGGUGUGCGCGGGACUGUGAUGAUUCCAUAUCACACAGAGGAUGGUUCUGCGCGUCAAGGUGUUGACUAUGAGCACACACAAGGAGAGCUAGAGUUUACCAAUGAGCAGACUAGGAAGGCACUACAGGUGCGCAUCAUUAACAUGCAGGAAUAUGAGAAGCGAGAAAAUUUCUACAUUGUCCUUGAAGAACCCAAAUGGCUCAAGAGAGGCAUCUCAGAUCUGCUUUUGAAUCAGGCCACCCCUGGUCCGGAAGUGGAGGAGGCCAGACGUAUAGCAGAGAAAGGAAAGCCCAUACUGGGAGAACACAGCAAGUUAGAGGUUAUUAUAGAGGAGAGCAUGGCUUUCAAGAAUACAGUAGACCGCCUGUUGAAGGAUGCCAAUCUUGCUGACGUAAUUGGCACGCACUCCUGGAGAGAACAGUUCAUCGAGGCGGUAACAGUCAGUGCAGGAGAAAGUGAUGAGGAAGGAGGGGAGCCUCAGCAACCAUCGUGCUGUGAUUAUUUCAUGCACACAGUUACAGUGUUCUGGAAGAUUCUGUUUGCGUUCAUUCCACCCACAGAAUACCGGAAUGGUUGGGUUUGCUUUGUUGUGUCCAUUAUGGCCAUUGGGCUGCUAACCGCCGUCAUUGGAGAUUUGGCAUCUCAUUUCGGCUGCACGGUGGGCCUCCGUGACACAGUCACUGCUGUAGUGUUCGUUGCCUUAGGAACCUCCAUACCAGAUACAUUUGCAAGUAAGUUCGCUGCUAAACAGGAUCAGUAUGCAGAUGCUUCGGUGGGAAAUGUAACUGGUAGCAACGCUGUUAAUGUUUUCCUGGGGAUUGGUGUGGCCUGGUCCAUUUCAGCCAUUUACUGGGAGGCCAAAGGUCAGGUGUUUCACGUAGAGCCCGGCUCACUUGCAUUCUCUGUCACACUCUUCACCAUCUUCGCCUUCAUCAACAUCGGUGUGCUGAUGCUACGACGGCGGCCAUCAGUGGGGGGAGAGCUGGGCGGGCCCAAAACGCUAAAGGUUCUGACUUUACUAUUGUUCCUCGGUUUGUGGCUACUCUACAUCACAUUCUCCAGCCUAGAGGCCUACUGUCACAUCACCGGCUUCUGAGGACAGACAGAGAAAGACAAAACAACCAGACUCAAACACAGAUAAACAAACACUUACACGAAUGGCAUUCAGAUGAAAUGAGUUAUGUGAGAACUGAACUAUGAGAGAAAUGCACAAUGUACUGUAUAUUCCAUGGUAAUAUGUACAUAAAGUAGAUAUCACAUUCUGUAUAAACAAAUGUACCUGAAAUGACUGCACUGCUGUACAGCUGUUGUUCAGCAUCAAAGCACAUUAGAGGUAUUAUAAACUUUUGACACCACCAGACCCUCAGCGGCAUGGAGGACUUUUAACAAACUUAUGGCUCACCAUAGAAAUGAUCAAAAACUCUUUUACAAGUGAAACUGAACUUCUUUUGCCAGUUUCACUUAUGAUGUCAGACAGUAUGGGACCUACCUUGUAAAGCUGAUCAAAUAAAGAAAGUAUGUGAUAAUUAUCAUUAUUAUGAUGAUUCACAUAAAUAUAUUUACUCAGAUAAUAAGUCUGUUGUAGGCAGUCACUUCAUCAAUUCACUCAAAUGUAUUAUUUCAGCAUUUAAAUUUAAG